AUGUUAAAACGAUAUUUGGCUCCUAGUCCAUCAUCUUUUCUUUGUUCUUCAAAGCACAACAUGCUCUCGUCAUUGGGUACAGCAUCAAGUACAAUAUUACGUACUAGUUGUAGUAGACCAAUGACCAUCAUGCGGAGCAAAACGAAUCAUUUCAUGUUUCCGAUGAAUACUACUACUAGUACUUGCAAACGAGAAUAUUCCGAUCAUUCUGAAAAGAAGGCUUCCUCCUCUCUCAAACACACAACCCGACAAAAAGAUAUUAAAAGUAAUACUCAAGAUAGUGGUGAUACUCUGGGAAAUAUCAUGUUUGAACUUCCGAGUCAUAUGAUUAGAAAUGUUGGAAUUAUUGCUCAUAUUGAUGCUGGAAAAACAACAACUACUGAGAGAAUGCUCUAUUAUUCGGGGUACAGCUCUCACUUGGGAAAUGUGGACGAUGGGGAUACCAUCACGGAUUAUAUGCCGCAAGAACAGGAACGUGGAAUUACAAUUACAAGUGCAGCCAUUACAUUUAAAUGGAAAGACCACAGAAUUAAUUUAAUUGAUACUCCAGGACAUGUGGAUUUUACAUUUGAGGUGGAACGAUCUGUCAGCGUGUUGGAUGGAGCAGUUGCAAUUUUUGAUGUUGUCAAUGGUGUAGAGGCACAAAGUAAAACAGUGUGGAGACAAGCAGAUCGAUAUAACGUUCCUAGAAUUGUUUACAUGAACAAGAUGGAUAAAAUUGGAGCCAAUUUUGAAUUUGCCAUUUCCACACUUUUGGAAAGGCUGCCAGGUUGCCCAACUCCAAUACCAGUUCAAUUACCUAAUGGCACAGAAGACGCCUUUACAUCCGUUUUUGAUUUGAUCGAAAUUAAAGAAUAUAAAUUUUCAGGAGAUGAGUCGCGAGAGUACAAACCUCUAGAAGUGCAACCUAAAGACCUAGAUCGUGUAAUGAAAGCAAGAGAAGAAAUGAUUGACAAAAUUGCUAGUAUUGAUGAAGAUUUAGGAGAAAAAUAUUUGAACGAGGAAGAAAUUACACCUAAUGAUAUUCAUAAUGCAUUGAGAAGAAUUACCAUUUCUAGAAAAGCUAUACCUAUAUUUUGUGGAAGUUCUCUCAAAAACAAAGGAGUUCAACAAGUAUUGGAUGGAGUCAUUAGAUAUCUUCCUGGACCAAAAAUUGAUGAAAAACAUAAGGAAUUGAAUGCAUUUGCAUUUAAAGUGAUUAAUGAUGCACAACGAGGGCUACUCGUUUUUGUCAGAGUAUAUGGUGGUGCCAUUGACAUUACUAAAUCACCUGCAAUUUUCAACCAUUCCAAAAACCAAAAAGAACGUAUUGGAAAGAUUUAUCAAAUGCAUGCCAACGUACCUCAAGAGGUUAAAAAAAUUUCGAGUGGAAAUAUUGGAGUGUUAGUGGGAUUGCGAGAAACAGGUACAGGAGAUAUUCUGGUUGCCAAGCAUGGAGCUAAACUUGACACAGCAAUUCCUCAACUCUCAGUUCCAAAGCCCGUAUUCUUUUGUUCCAUUGAGGCAGAGAACUCGGCAGAGCAAGAGGCCCUUGAUAAUGCGCUUUCCAUUCUUCAAAAAGAAGAUUCAAGUCUUAAAAUUACGAAUAAUGAAGAGACCAAUCAAACCCUCGUGAGCGGAAUGGGAGAAUUGCAUUUAGAAAUUAUCAAGGACAGAAUUUUGACAGAGUAUGGCAUCAACGUGGAAAUGGGAGAAGUACAAAUUUCAUACAGAGAGACACUUACAGUGGAGUCACCAGUGACAUUUUUGGAAUUUGACAAAAAGUUGACGACUGGAAAGAGGCUUUACGCAAAACUGUGGUUAAAAGUAGGACCAUCUGAAUCUGGCCAAGGCAAUGUAGUGAAUUUUGAAUGGGAUGAGGAUUUAUGCUUACCUGAUCAAAAAGUGAUUAAGAAAUUUGAAAAAUCCAUUCGGUAUGGCAUUGAAAGUAGUUUCAUGAGAGGUGCACUGCUAGGUUACCCCAUUGAAGAAAUGACCGUCACCGUUGUUGGAGCAUCUAUUUUAGAUGACAACAAUGAGCAAAUUAUUUCUGGAAAUGAAGAGUUACAGAAUCAAUCCUUCAUUGGAUGUGCUCACACUCUCUUCAAUAAGGUACUAAAAGAGAAUGAACAGCACAUUCGAUUAUUGGAGCCUUACAUGGAUAUUGAAAUUGAAACAGAUCGAACUUAUAUUGGAUCUAUCAUGUCAGACCUUACAGGAAGUAGAAGAGGAAAAAUUAAGGGCCUGCAAAGCAAGUUAGAGCAUUUUACCAUUAUUUGUGCAGAAGUUCCUCUCAGCGAAAUGAUUGGAUACAGCUCACACUUACGAUCGCUUACUUCUGGUCAAUGUCACUACCAUAUGGACUUUGCCAGAUAUGAACCUUUGCAACAAGAAUAUCAAAAGAAGCUUAUUACCAAGAUUAGAGGAUAUUAA